UUAGGGUUUUAACAUUUGCAAAGAAAAGAAAUACACAAACAACAUUUGCAGAGAUGAGUGGAGCUGGAGCUCCUGAUUUCUUCUACAGAGAAGCUCAACGCCUUGGCUAUGUCGCUCGCUCUGCUUUUAAGCUACUUCAGAUACAGAAGCAGUACAAGCUCAUAACAUCGGGAUCAUCUGUUCUCGAUCUUGGUUGUGCUCCUGGUGCUUGGCUUCAGGUAGCAUGUCAAAGCUUGGGUCCCCUCAAUAAAGGUGGGGUUGUUGUGGGCAUUGAUAUUAAGAAGGUGAAGGUUCCUCAGCAUCACUGUGAUUCAAGAGCUCAAACUGUUUGCGGUGAUGUUAUGAACCUACCCAGAAAUCGAAUUCGGGCACUUUCUCCUCAGCAAAAAGGCUUUUCUGUGAUACUGUCUGAUAUGUGUCCCCCAGUUUCUGGAAUCACUACCAAGGAUUCAGCUUUAUCAGUCGAAUUAGGUAUGCGAGCUCUGGAAGUUGCUGUGGGUAGAGCCUCCUUAGUGCAGACAGAGGCUAAUUUGGAAGGUUUAGUUGCUGGUGUGGAUGAUGAUGACGACGAUGUUAAUGGUCUAUUGCAAAGGGGUGGCCACCUUGUCAUUAAGCUUUUAGAGAGCGAAGAUGGGCAAGAAUUCGGCCGGAUUUGCAAACCAUUGUUUAGAAAAGCGUCAUGGUUGAGACCUAAAGCUACAAGAUCUUCAUCAAGGGAGAUUUAUUUGAUAUGUCAAGGUCUACAGUCCCAAGCGAAGAAGUAGAGUGCGAGCCAUUAUUU